AUGCCAAAAGUAGUCUCGCGAUCAGCAAUUUCAACUAGUGAAGAUAAACAAGCAUUACAUUCAACUUCAAGAUUAAUAGUACAUUAUUGUCUAUGUGGAGAAUUUAUAUUAGUGAUAGAUAAACCGUUAAAUCUUUUACCACGUAGACCCAUAGAUGGAACUUAUAUCAUUCGAAACAUUUCACCUAAAAGAUCAUAUAAACUUAAUACACAAUUGAAUCAAACACCUAUUUUGAUGAAAAGGGAUGAAGGAUUUGAAAAACAAUGGAGGUUUAAUUGUUUUAGAUGUGGACUUAUGAUUGGUUAUGAAACUAAACUAGAAAAAGAUUCGUUUACUUAUAUUUUACCUGGCGCUUUAACUGAAAUUCAAUCUAGUUUACCUUCUGAUGCAUUGGAUUUAGAUCCAGCUCAAACUCUGAAAGAGCAGUCUCAUUAA